AUGGCUUCCAACACCUCCUUCACUCCCAACGAGGAGACCGAGAUCCAGCAAUGGCUCACCACCGCCACCCGCCUCCAGCAGGCCGGAAGCGACGACGCUCAGGUCUCUCCCAUCCUCGACACCCUCAACUCCCACCUGAGCACCCGCACCACUCUCCUCGGCACCAAGCCCAGCAAGGCUGAUACCGCCCUCUACUCCGCCGUCCGCCCCCUCGUCGCCAACUGGUCCCCCGAGCAGCGCACCGGUGAGAAGGGCUACCCCAACAUCGUCCGCCAUCUCGACUUCGUCCAGAACUUUCCCGCGUUCGCGGCCGAUGUCAAGCCCGAGGAGAAGGUCUCCGUCAACCUCGACGAGGUCCUCUACGUGAAGCCCCCUGUCGAUGCCAAGGCUGAGAAGGAACGUCUCAAGAAGGAGAAGGCUGCUGCCGCCGCUGCCGCCGGUGGCAAGGAGACUGCUCUCCCCGACCGCACCAAGGACAACAAGGACAAGAGCGCCGGAGAGAAGGUCAAGGAGGCCGUUACCGAGGCCAAGGACAAGGUCAAGGCCGCUGUUGGUGCCGGCGAGGGCAAGCCCAAGAAGGAGAAGAAGGCCAAGGAGCCCAAGCCCCAGAAGGCCGCCGCUCCCGCUGCGCCCCUGUCUCCGGCUCUGAUCGAUCUCCGUGUUGGUCACAUCCUGAAGGCCAUCAAGCACCCGGAGGCAGACUCUCUCUACGUCUCCACCAUCGCCAUGGGCGACAAGCCAAACGACGACACCACCGAGUACGAGGGCCAGGUGUGCCGCACCGUCUGCUCUGGUCUCAACGGCCUGGUGCCCCUGGAGUCCAUGCAGGGUCGCAAGGUUGUUGUCGUGUGCAACCUGAAGCCCGUCAAGAUGCGUGGUAUCAAGUCUUCCGCCAUGGUCCUGGCCGCCUCUCCUAAGCUCAAGGAGGGCGAGGUCGACGACCACAAGGGUCCGGUCGAGCUCGUCACGCCUCCUGCCGACUCCAAGGCUGGAGACCGCGUCUUCUUCGAGGGCUGGAAGGGCGAGCCCGAGGGUGUCCUGAACCCCAAGAAGAAGAUCUGGGAGACCUUCCAGCCUGGUUUCACCACCACCGACGGCCUUGAGGUUGCCUUUGACGCUGCCUUCGUCAAGGAGCUUGGAAAGGAGGGUGUUGGCAAGCUUGUCACUGAGUCCGGUGGUGUCUGCACUGUCCCCAGCUUGAAGGGUGCUACUGUCCGAUAA